CCCGAAGACUAGUUUCGUGAGUUCAGCUUCCGUCUUCGUGUACGUCGGUCCAACCUGAGGCCGCCGGGGCAGUGUUCUUGCUGGGGUCGCGGGUCUGGUUUCCCACUUACAGUCUUUCCUCCUCUCAGACACACCCACCACUCUCCGACUUGAGUGACCUAUUUACUCCCCCCCCCUUGCCGAAACUUUGUGAUGUCGGAACCUUUGUGCUGCCGGAACGUAAGUGCCGUACCGCGCGGGCAACCGGAAGGCUGCAUAAAUAGAGGACUACCAGGUCUCUCCUGGCGCUAGAGCUCUGGAGUUCCGGUGAGAGGAUCGGCCGUGAGCUGUUCGCCUUCGGUUCCUGAUAUGCACCGACCGAAUUUUCGACCCCCAACUCCUCCAUACCCCGGCCCGGGGAUCGGAGGUUGGGGUGGCGGAAGCAGCUUCCGGGGUGCCCUGGGCGGGGGGCCGCGGCCGCCCUCCCCGCGGGACGGGUACGGGAGUCCGCACCACACUCCGCCGUGCGGGCCCCGGGCUAGGCCGUACGGGAGCAGCCAGUCUCCGCGGCACGGCGGCAGCUUCUCGGGGGCCCGCUUCGGGUCUCCGUCCCCGGGCGGCUACCCAGGCUCCUACUCCAGGUCCCCCGCGGGGUCCCAGCAUCAGUUCGGCCACUCCCCAGGGCAGCAGCAGACCUACCCCCAGGGUUCUCCAAGGACAUCUACACCAUUUGGAUCAGGGCGUGGUAGAGAAAAAAGGAUGUCUAAUGAGUUGGAAAGUUAUUUUAAGCCUUCAAUGCUUGAAGACCCUUGGGCUGGCCUAGAACCAGUAUCUGUAGUGGAUAUAAGCCAACAGUACAGCAAUACGCAAACAUUCACAGGCAAAAAAGGAAGAUACUUUUCCUAACAUUUCUGAGAUUCAACUGGAAGCCUCAUGUGUCAGGAACAUCUUGGACAGAACUUUUACUUGUGUAAAUGAGUUGAACCCAAAGAUGAUGACUUUGAAUAAUGAUUCCUAUAUCUCAAGUGUUGUUGAUACUAGAGAAGAUGACAGGAUAAUUUGCAGUAUUUAGCUAUCUGGGAGUAUGUACCACAUUCAGAGCACAGUUUUCAUACUUAACAUUUCCAAGAUAACAGACAUUUGUUUUUUCAAUGUUUUAAAAUAAAACAUUUUGUCUUCCUAGUUAAAUUGUGAUUUUGUGGAUAUGUAGAAUUGCUAAAAUAAUGCUUCAUAAUCACUUGUUUUGCAAACUAUUUUUUAGUGAAGUAGAUAAGCUACUAGACAGUUUACUAUAUAUUAACAGAAAAUUAUUCUACAUUUAUACUUUACCUAGUAUUUUUGUUAAAAUAUGGAAACGUAAAAAUCACUGAGAAUCAUGUAAUGAUUUACUCUCCUUUAACCGCACAGCGCCAGGAUGAACCGUAUGUAUGCGGUUCAGUGUUCUAUCAAAUUUCUCUAUAUUUUGAGCACUGUAGACUUAUUUUUCUCAUGAAGCCAAAGAUGAUGGCGUGUUAAUUUUUUGUCAUUGUGACAAAAUGCCAAACAAAAAAACAAGGGAGCAGUUUCUAAGGUUUCAGUGAAAGUUCAGCUGGCUCCAUUAGUUUGGUGUUGAGGUGAGUGAUAAUAUGGCUGUGGACAUGGCAAAAGCUGCUCAGUCUUGGCAACCAAGCAGCAGAGGGAUAAGGAGGGGCGAGGGACUAGAGGAGCCUUUCUAGGGCACCUUCACUUUUCUCUGUCUCCCAGAAUUACCAUCUUAACACAUGACUCAUUUGGGGAGACACUGUAUAUCCAUACCAUAACAAAUGACUUAACAGUAAUCUCAAAUCACUUCCACAGUAAAGACAACAAAUAUGUAUUUGAGUCCAUCAAUCCCAAAGAAGAAAAUAUGAAGCCAGUUAUCUAUGACCUAGAUAGUAAGGUCUAAUUACCUUGACUCAUGGACACAUUUCUAAUCUAAGAGAGGGUUCUAUUAACUUUAGCUUAAUUUUGCCUACCUGUAGUAGAAGGGAAGGGAUAAUAAUGGAUAAUAUUGGAGAUAAAACUUGGAAUAUUCCUCAGUAUUUGAAAUCAAGUCUUGAACAGUGCAGUCUGUUGAAAAAUUUGUCAACAGUAUCUGAAAGAAAAAUGAAAUGGCCAUUCCACCUGGUUGAGCCAUACCUACUUGUUGAUAAGGUAUUACAAGGGGAAAAAAUGGGAAGGAUUUUAUGUAAAUAAAACCUCCACUGGAGCUGGGCUUUAAGAUUUUUCUACAAGUUAUUAGCUAGAUUCCCAGUUUUAUCAUGUAAAAUGAGAAAAUUUAUAGUUUGUCUUAUUUACACCUGUAUUCUGACUUUUUAGAAUAGUGCCUCCAAAAUAAUAGGUACUAAGUAAAUGUUUAAUAAAUAUAUUCUGGUUAUAACUA